GGUACGGAAGUGUUAAGGCAUGAGAUGAUCAACCUGCAGUAGGUUUGCAUUGGAUUGGAUUAUUCUUUUGGUUUCUGGGAUGUGCUGCUGCAAAUGGAUAUUCAAGCUCGAAUAGGAAGCUUAUCAUCCUCCUCUCACAACUUUCGGACCUCUCGAAAACAUAACUCUUCAUCUUCUUCUCCAUCUUCUUGCUACUCGCCAUUGAAGCCCUUGUGCUCCAGAAGGGAUUCUCAGGAGCCCCAACAAAACGGUGACAACAAUGGUGAUAAAUUCUCAACAGAUUGGGACAAGGCAUGGGCAAACAUAAGGAAACAAGGCAAAAACAAAAAGAAGGGUGGCUUCUUCGCAGGGUUUUCUUCUCCAAACAAGUACGUGAGCUGGAACCCUAGGCAGUCCAAUUACCCACUGUCUGAGGAGGUUGAUCCAAUCAAGAGGACAGAAAGGUCCAAUCUCAUGCUAUGGACUAGUCCAAGGUUUACCCUAGCAGGAGCCAUUGUUAUUGUCACCAUCCUUUUGGUAUACACCAUUCUUUAUCCACUUAAGUAAUUACUUCUUCAAAAAAACAACAAACACAGGGCUCAUGUUGUAAAUAUGAUUGUGAUUUCCUAUGAGGAAAUGGCUAGUUGGAAAAGGAAUUCUGAAUAUGAUUACUAUAAAUAAAUGAAAGUUCUUACUUCUUCA